GUUGUGACUGUUACUCAUCCACUGAGUCACUUCCGCCUGUUGUGUGUGGAUGGGCACCCUUGUUAGUUCCACAAAUAAUGCAAAAACCCAAAGGAGCAGAAACAAAAUCAUAAUAGAAAAUGAUGUUGAGUGAGGUGGAGAGACUCAACUUAAACAACGUUUCAAGGAUGCCUCAGCACGGUGGCAAGUCUUGGAAAAAAAUCGGUUUCCACUCAGGAAAGAAAACAAGCAAGGUGCGCUUCCUGCCGUCGAAAACCAAGCAUGACAACGACGUUGGCGUGUUCCUCUCGGCCACAUACGAAGAAGAGAACAAUGAACUUUGCAUGUGGAGUGUUGACCCGAUGGCUCAAUUUGAGGAGAGUGGUGAAAAGCUGAAUCUCAAGUGCAGCCUCAACUGCGAGUUUGACUGUGUUGACAUGAAGAUCAGCGACAGCGGCAGAGUUUUUCUCUGUUGGAGUGAUGGAUCUUGUGGAAUGUUCACUGUUUAUCCAACCUUGCAGCCAAGUUUCACCUGGCAGAACCUCCAUCGAUCAGGGGGCCAGCUGCACUGUGCAUGCAGAGGCGUGGACGUCAUGGGUGAGGACGUGGUCACCGUCGGAGAUGACGGAAAGCUUAUCCUGCUGAACAGUUACAACCAAACCCCUAUCAAGUCGAUAGACGCGAGCAGCGUCGGUUUGACCAGUGUCUGCUUCUCCAAGCACAACGAGGUUGUCACCGGCAACUCGCGAGGCCAGAUUGCCUUCUGGGACCUGAGGAGCGAGGGUGGAAAACCCACCGGCGUCCUCUGUCUCUCCAGACUCCGAGGCGAGAAGACAGUGCACCCAACAGCAAACAGCCAGGAGAAGCACCCGACGCGGACGCACUUGCUGCUCAGCGGCGGCAGCGACGGCUGCGUGACCCUUUGGGAUUUGAGAAAUGCUAAAUUCCCUGUUGAGUUCGAAAGGACGCACACAGGACCAGUUUUAGAGGCUCAUUUCCAUCCUGAGAUGCAGGAGUGCAUAGUGAGCUGUUCGUCCUCAGGAGAUGCAUUUUUGUGGGACUGUUCCCUUCCUUCAACCCCCUCCACUUUCAAUCCUAUAGCCAAUGAUCAAGAUGCGUGGAGCUCAGUGGGCCGAGCGCACCAUCCGCAGGUGACCACCCUGCUUCCCAAGGUGACGGAAACAAGUGUGACGUCCCUGGCCCUGAGUCACAACAUGAUUGUCUGCAGCAAGGACCCUGGCUUUUUGUUUGUCUACAAGAAGCAGUUAAAUUAAAUAAAAACGGCAACGAGUGAUGUUAAAGAA